AAGCAAACGACAAAGCCGGUUCCUUGUUGCUCGAUUUAUUUGACAAUUUAUCGCAUGGUACAGAAUCAGACUUACAUUGGAUUUAUUAAGAUAAAUUAUUCAAACACAUGCUUUCACCGUCGACAAAAGCGGCCUGCUGGCUGACGACGUUAAGCGUCUUUGUGACAGGUGAAAUGCCAAUACAAGCCGAAGUGGGACCUGAAUUUUUGCAAGCGCUUGAAAACCACACCGUCACGCAAGGCCGGGAUGUACACUUUACCUGUGUUGUCAAUCAUCUUUCCAAUUACAGAGUUGCAUGGAUAAAAUCAGAUUCAAAAGCAAUUCUUGCGAUACAUACAAACAUGGUUGCAUUGAAUCCUCGUCUGUCUGUCACCUACAAUAACCACAAUACAUGGAAACUUCACGUCAGUAAUGUCCAAGCGAACGACUCUGGAACUUAUAUGUGUCAAGUUAACACAGACCCUAUGAAGAGUCAGAUGGGUCACCUGUCCGUGGUAAUACCUCCGGAUAUCGAUGAUUCGAUAGCUGAAGGCAGUUCAGCCAGAGAAGGUGGUAGUAUUCGUCUCACUUGUACUGCAACUGGAGUUCCACCACCCACAGUGAUGUGGCGAAGAGAGCACAACCGACCUAUCGUAUUCAGACAUGACGGAGGAAGAGAGAAGAAGGUGGUAGAAAGUCACAAGGGAGAGAGUCUUGAACUUUUCCACGUACAGAGAACCGACAUGGGAGCCUACUACUGCAUUGCCAGCAAUGGCGUACCGCCCACCGUCAGUCGCCGAUAUCACGUGCAAGUGCACUUUAUACCUCAAGUAAAAGUUAGUAAUCAACUAGUGGGGGCACCACUCGGUAGCGAUGUGGAGCUUCAAUGUCAUAUAGAAGCAUCGCCUAAGGCUAUGAACUCUUGGUACCGCGAAGAUUCGCUAGUCAGCGACAAAUUGCUAGAGAACCCAAAAUUUCGCAUAGCAGAAAAAUUUACAAAUGAGUAUUCUUUAUGGAUGAAUCUAACGAUAAAGUCACUGGCGCCCGGCGAUUACGGGACCUACGUGUGCGCUUCCGUCAAUGCACUUGGAAAGAUGGAAAGUCAAGUCAGCUUACAUAGACUCGAACUCAGCAUGAAUGGAUACUCCGACGAUCCUAUGGUGUCAGGUGCAGCGUGGCAGCGCAACCGAGCGCGUCCAGCCGCUUCCCAUGCCCGCCACUACUUACAACACUUACCGCCACAAGUGUACGCAAUAUUAUUAACAACUAUACGAUACGUAAACACUCUCUAAUUAACUCAUAUAAGAACGCCAUAAAACGUCUUGUUAUAACUAGAUUGUAAUAGAUCAAUGGAGACUGUUUUCAUUCUUGUGUAAAUACUUUGGAACUGCCGUAUAUGUUAACCUAUAUAAUAACCUUAUAUUAUAAAAUAAAAUUAAUCAAAAAGUUAAAAAUGUUGCAUUUUAAAUUUAAUCUAAAUUCGUAAAAUGUAUUUUAAUCCUAGAAUUUGUAAGAAAAUGUAUAAUUAUUAUUUAGUUUUAUUUAUUUGUGUUAUCGUUACAUAAUGAAUUGAUGUGAAUGUAAUUUAAACACGAGACACGUAUAUUAUUUAUUGUUUUUGUUUCAUGUGCAUAAUAAAUAUAUGAAAUAUAUGUUUUAUCUUGUUGAUAUUUUAUUUUUAAAAAAUUCAGAUAUAAAUUAUUUUAAUAGACUUUCCCUCCAAACAGAAUAAAUGAUAGCAUAGAGAAUAAAUCAAUUUAAUAAUGUAUCCUACUACGGUAGUAAUUUAUAAUUCCUCAAAUUAAAAUGUUAAGGUAUACACAAACUAAUAUAAUAAAAAAAAUACUAUGAGAAAUAAAAUUAUAUAACAUAAAUGAAAGUAUGUGUAUACCUCACUUUCAAACUUGUCGUUCCGAAUAACUAUGUUACGUUGACUUUGACAAUAAAUGUGUAAUUUACAAACUAUAAGGUAUAAUAAACUGUAAAA